AUGUCCACCACACUGACGCGUGUGCGCAAAUAUUUUAUCUCAACGCAGGUGUACGAGGCUUUGCGUCCUCUAUUCUUUCUCACCUUCCUCUACGGCCUGACGCCGUUCCAUGUGGGCAAGCGCAAGAUGGGUGAAGCCUACUUGAAAAUGUCCUUUUUCGGUGUCUUCAACAUCGUCGUUUAUAUCGUGCUGUGCGCCUUCUGCUACAUCUCAUCGCUGCGCCAGGGCGAGUCAAUUGUCGGCUACUUUUUUCGCACGGAAAUCUCCACCAUUGGCGACACACUCCAAAUCUUCAAUGGACUAAUUGCCGGGGCCGUCAUCUACACAUCGGCCUUUGUGAAGCGUUGCAAAUUGCUCGGAACUCUGACCAUUCUGCAUAGCUUGGAUACGAAUUUCAAUAAUAUUGGUAUACGCGUUAAAUACUCACGCAUCUUUCGCUAUUCGAUACUCGUGAUUGUCUUCAAAAUCUUCAUACUCGGCAUCUAUUUUGUGGGCGUCUUCCGGCUGCUCGUCUCCCUCGGCGUCACUCCAUCCUUCUGUGUCUGCAUGACCUUCUUCCUCCAACAUACGGUCGUCUCCAUCGCCAUUUGUUUGUUCUGUGUGAUUGCGUUCAGUUUCGAGCGUCGAUUGAGUAUCAUCAAUCAGAGCACAGAAAUUUUGGGGCACAAGUGUGAGUCGAAAUUGGACUCAGAGUUCGUCGAGCGACUCAUUCAUUGA